AUGAAGCUGCCCAUCGCAACAACGGGCUUCUCGGAGCCUUCUGUGCUCUACCUACUUCUACUAAUUUUGAUAGGAGUCCGCGCUAGCUCAGUAUCCGACACUGACUACCUGCUCGUCCAUCUGGACUACGGCUCCUUCCAAGGAAACUAUGACUCGACCUAUAACCUCUCAUAUUUCCGCAAGAUCCCCUUCGCUUCGCCGCCAACGGGGAGGAACCGCUUCCGGGCGCCGCAGCCGCCGCAGCAUAUCUCUGGCGUGUAUAACACAGACCAGGACUUUAACAUGUGUCCGCAGCGCACGGUCAAUGGCUCCGAAGACUGUCUGUACCUGGGCCUGUUCUCGCGUCCCUAUAACCAAGCAACGAAUCCGCGCCGUCCAGUACUGGUUGUGUUUUAUGGCGGGGCUUUCAUCGAGGGCACUGCCUCGUUUGAUAUGCCUCCCUCUUCAUACCCAGUGCUGAACGUGAGCACGCUCAAUGACUACAUCGUCAUAUACCCGAACUACCGCGUAAACGCCUUCGGUUUCCUCCCAGGUAAAUCAAUCAAGAACUCCCCAGACUCAGAUCUAAACCCGGGACUCCUGGACCAGCAAUACGCUCUAAAAUGGGUGCAGCAGCACAUCACCCAUUUCGGCGGCGACCCGGGCAACGUAACGAUAUGGGGCCAGUCCGCGGGCGGAGGUUCCGUUGUCGCGCAAGUGCUGGCGAACGGACGGCACGGCCAGCCGAAACUUUUCUCCAAGGCGCUGGCCUCAUCGCCCUUUUGGCCGAAGACGUACCGAUAUGAUGCGCCGCAGGCGGAAGAGCUUUACGACCAGCUUGCUAAUCUGACGGGUUGUGCGGACUCAGAUCAUGAGAUUGAGACGCUGGAGUGUUUGAAGUCUAUUGAUGUGCAGAGUCUGCGUAAUGCAAGCUUGAUUAUUGAUGCGGAUAAUACAUACACGACGAGCUCGUAUACCUGGGCUCCUGUUAUCGACGGCGAGUUCUUGGUUGAUACACUCUCCGUUGCUGUAUCCAGCAACUCCCUCAAUACGGAGUUUGUCUGGGGGAUGUAUAACACGCACGAGGGACAGAAUUUUAUUCCACCGGGCCUGGAGAGUACCGUUUCAGAGGAGGGGUAUAAUUCCUCCGUGGCUAGUUUCCGGGACUGGGUGGACGGAUUCUUGCCUGGGUUGUCUGCAAGGCAGAUUCGGGCUGUCGAGUCUGUUCAUUAUCCGCCUGUCGGGAGCUCGGAGACUAUCUCGCAGUAUAACUCGACGUAUAUUCGUGCUGGCUUGGUUUAUAGGGAUGUCGUGCUCUCUUGCCCGGCGUAUUGGGUUGCGUCUGCGGCGACGAGAAGGGGGUACGUGGGGGAAUAUACCAUUCCGCCUGCUACGCAUGGGAGUGAUACCAUCUGGUGGGACACCAUCAACUCUAUCCAAGAGACAAACCCGCUGGUGUACGACGGCUACGCCGGUGCAUUCGCCAGCUUCUUUCAAACAGGCGAUCCCAACGCACAUAAGUUGACCAAUUCCUCUGAGCCCGGGGUGCCGGAGCUGCAGGAGACGGGGAAGGAGUUUGUGAUUGUUGAGGACGGGUUUGAAAAUGUGGAGAUUGUGCAGUUGAAGAAGAGGUGUGAGUUUUGGAGGAGUGUUGCGAAGGACAUCCCUAUGUAG